GUUCGGUUGGCUGGUUCCAGGAAAUUCUCCUAGGCAAAACAAAUGGAAAUAAAUAAUUUUCGCAUAGGGAAAAGAAUGCUGGAGGAAAAGGCGUGGAAUAGCCUAGUCACCUGGCACGAAGAGAGGCUGCUAUUCGGAAAACCUACAACUAUGCCAAGGAAGAAGCAAGAGCUUGGCACAAUUGCUUUUCAAGGGUGCGAAGGCGAGUGGAAAGGUGGGAAAAUGAUAGACGUGGACACUAGCGGUGAGAAGGAAAUUGAAGAAGACGAGGGAAAGGAGAGGAUAGAUGAGUUAGCGGAGAGCAAGGAGAGCAAGGAGAGCAAGGGGAGUAGAGGAGAGAUAAGAGAAGCAAUUGCUGCCACAAAAGCAGCGCUGGUAAGAAUCGAGCAGCAGGAGAAAAAGACGACUGAAUUAAUCCAGUCAGUCAACAAGCUAUGUGAAAUCUCCUCACAGGCUCUGAGCCAAUGUCAGGAAUCGGUGAGGAAGAUUGAAACAGUGGCCACGAACGCGAAUGAAAUGAUGAGCGAGGUGAGAAAGGAGUUAGUACUGUGGCGAGAGGAGAGAUCUGCUGAAGGUCAGAGAUCGAGAGAUCUCAGACAAACAGUGAGACAGGACUACGCGACACAGAUCCAGCGGGUCUAUGAGAUGGUGAAUCAGCUGUCUGAUUUAUAUAACAAGCUGGAUAAAGGAGAGAAAAGGAAGGACCACGGUGAGAGAUCCAGCGAGCAGCAGUAUGAGGUGAGAGACCCAAGGGAAAAAGAUCCAAAGCCAAACGUUGGCAAGCACGACAGUCUGAAUGAUGUGGGGGGUUCAGAUUUCAAGAAAGAAAUCGCAAACGCAGUUAGGUCGGAAAUUGAAAAUUUAGGAAACAUAAAGGUGAGCCAAUUUAAGGACAGAGAGAACAAGGAUACUCUGAAAUUAGAAAUAGUUAAUAGCGGUGGGUCCACGAGGCGAGAGUAUAAACUGAACAAUAGUAUCAAAUUUGAGCAUUUUCACGAUUAUCUCUCUUCAGAGUUGAGAGCCUGUGGUCCACUUCAUGUAAUUAGCGACAAGGACAAUGUAGGCGGGAUAGACGAGAACAUUUUAAGGGAACAACGAUUCAAGGCGAGGGAUGUGAUAAUCAAUCGGUUAGAACAGUCGUACUACUCAAAAAUAGCAAACUUGACAAAUCCUAUAGACAUUAUUGAGAAAUUGAAGGAAGCUAAACGAAGCGAGGUAAAUGUAACGUCACAUUCGGUGAGGAAACAGCUAUAUAGCAUGCAGUACAUCAUAGGAAAGACCACAGCCGCUGAAUUCUGCGAUAAAUUUGAAGAGACAAUAAGAAACUACGAAAACUCCCCCGGGGCGACCCUUUUAUCCGAAGAGGAAAAGAGAGACGCAUUUUAUAACGCGGUAAUGAUUUCGGUCCCGAACAUUCAGACUGUCGAGUUUGUUAAAAAUUCUAAAGGUGCGACAACUUCAUAUAAUGAUUUGAAACUCCUCGUAAUGAAGGAUGAGGCGGUGAGAGAACAAAUGAGCGGAUCUAGCACAGAGGUGAGGUCAGCCAAUCAGGCCCUCGUUGACAGCCGGAGGUGUUACGAAUGCCAGGCCUAUGGGCACAUAGGCGCGAUGUGCCCAAACCGGGGCCAGGGCAUAAUGUGCUAUCAUUGUAAAAGGAUAGGCAACCACAGGGCCCCGGACUGCCCACACAAACCCAGCGGCUCAAGAGGUGCGGUGAGGCAGGGAGGACCCUCCAGAGGAAACUCAAGGUACAAUAUUAGCUACAAAUUUAAUAACUGCACUCGGGGUUCGGACGGGAGACUCGGGCAAAGAGGUGUGUUGAAAAGGAAAAGGGAAAUCACAAAGGCGAGUGAAGUGAAAAGGGGUCGAUUCAAUAUCCAUAAAAGUAAAGGAAGGCGAGUGUACAAAAACCUACACUACAGAGGUGGAAGCCAGCCAGCAAAGGAUGAAAGUAAGGGUGAGGGUAAAGGAUCACAAUGAACCAAAUCUUGUAAGCUCGAGUGGAAAGAGAGGUACUGUUAAAGUUGCGAACAGAAAUCCGACGAGUUUGUUAGUCAGUAACGCUGAAACUCGGGUUAGGUUCGUCCCAGAAUUUG